AAUAACCGGUGUCGGUUCAGGGCAAUGGCACAAAAGUAAAUAAAUCCAAAUACGGUGGCAUAUGCAAGCAACCUUGCAAUAUAAAAGAUGGAAGGGACCAUCAGUGAGUUUUCAAACGCACCUCAUUUCCACUCAUUUCUCGUGCUUCAUCACUGAAACACUCCUACUUCUUCAAUUUUACAUUCCAGUCCCUCCAAACUUCAUUAUUUUCACAUCCGAGUCCCUCUUUUCCAUCUCUUUCUUCUUUCUCUCCGUGGGCGAAGCGCGGCAUGGAGGCGAGCAUCUCCGCCGCCGCCGUCCCUCCUCUGGGUUCGUUACGCCGCGCCGGUUCCGGCGCCGGCGCUGGUUGUGUUCUGUUUUUCACCCCACUUCUUACAUGCAGAUCCCCAGUUCUUCGCCGGCGCAGACCCUCAACUCUCUGCCUCGUCGUCGGAGAAGACAGUGCGAAAACAACAACCACAAGCGCAAUCGAAAGGAAGGAGAAAGAAGAGAAAGAGAUCAUCAUUACUUUGAAUGAAAGCCAAAUCCGGGCCAAAGAGAGGACGGAAAGGAAGCAAUCAGAGCGAAGAACAUACCUCGUCGCCGCAGUGAUGUCCAGCUUUGGCUUCACAUCCAUGGCCGUCGCCGCCGUCUACUACCGCUUCGCCUGGCAAAUGGAGGGCAAUGAAAUCCCCUUAUCUGAAAUGCUCGGAACUUUCUCCCUCUCCGUCGGAGCAGCAGUGGGGAUGGAGUACUGGGCACGAUGGGCGCACCGCGCGCUAUGGCACGCCUCGCUGUGGCACAUGCACGAGUCUCACCACCGCCCACGCGACGGUCCGUUCGAGCUCAACGAUGUCUUCGCCAUCAUCAACGCGAUUCCGGCCAUCUCUCUUCUCUCUUUCGGCUUCUUCAACCGCGGCCUCGUCCCCGGCCUUUGUUUCGGCGCUGGUUUGGGAAUUACUCUGUUUGGGAUGGCGUAUAUGUUUGUACAUGAUGGACUAGUGCACAAGAGAUUCCCAGUGGGUCCCAUUGCAAACGUACCUUAUUUUCGAAGAGUUGCUGCUGCACACAAGAUACAUCACUCGGACAAGUUCAAUGGAGUACCAUAUGGGUUGUUCCUGGGACCGAAGGAGCUGGAAGAGGUGGGUGGGAUGGAGGAGCUGGAGAAAGAGAUUAACAGGAGGACUAAAGCUUAUGAUGCUGUUGAUAAAACAUCCGGGAAUUCCAGUUGACGUUUUGAUCUUGCUUGAGAGUUUUUUUUUUUGAACUUUGUUUUUUCACAGUUUAUAGCUGUGUGUAUGUUAUAUAUGUUUUGUGUAAUGAGGAAGAGUGGAUAUAUACUUGUGCUUUGCUUGAUUGAUGUAUAUGUUUAGCAUUUUUCCACACACUGUUUUGACUUGACACAACUUUUAAUAGACAUAUCAAAAGAGCAUAUGCACUCAGUGCUCUCUUCCCUU